GUUUCCAAGUUUUAGCGCACUUGCGCACAAUUACGAUUACCUCCAUCUAACAAACAGACAAAUGAGCGCCAAAAAAUCAACAACAACAAAAUCAAAAACAAAAUAAUUUUGCAAAGUUCGCAGUAGCACCAAAAUCUUAAAAAAGCCAGACGUCUGAAGCAACAAUUGUUUUAGCUCAUUCAGUUUAACAACUUUUGAAAAUCGACAGUUAAGACUGCAGAUACAAUCAUUUGUGCAUUCAAGUCAGUGACUUACAUUUAUAAAAAAAAAGUGUGUGUGUGUAUGUGUGUGUUGUUGUAUGCAUUCAAGCGACUAUGUCCUGUGGGCCAGUUUGCGUGCUUCGCGUGUGGCUUUCAAAUAAAUGAUGCGACAUUUCAUGUCCUUUUCUACAAAAAUAAAAUAAUAAUUGCUUAAUAAACCUUUGAAUAUCGAUUGUUUCAGUUUAAAGUAAAAAUACUAUAGACUUGAAAAAUUCCCAACUGAAAUACAUAAUAAUGGGCAAUUCAAGCUCUUUGUGUUCUGAUAAGAAUUCUGUGCGUAACUACGAAGGAAAUGGUUCACCUGUAUAUCCGUCGGCUGUGAAUUCGUUUAGCCCCUCUCAUGGCCAGAGAACUCCAAAUGAACAGCAAUUUUACAAAACCACUAUACCGAUAAAUGAGCAAUGCCAACACCAACAAUGCCCAUACAGUGGCAAUGGUGUCAUUCGCUCAGCAACAGCUGAUGGCAAAGACUUAACAGCUGUCGCCGUUCAAAAUGCUAUCCAUGGCUCUUAUGACGUCACACCACAUACAACAACACAACAUGGGAUUUCCUCAACAAUGUCGCCGCUGGCAACAGAAACACAGCAAUGCGUUUGUACGGGAAUGCGCAAUGGCCCAACAAAUGAGAAUCAUACGACUGCGGCCACCACAACAACCACCAUUGAAUAUGAGUUGGCGAAUGGCUACGCGAAGCUCUCUAAAAUCAGUACCAGUCGAGUAGUCGCCGAGCAACCAUCAAACGUCGUAGCCGCCACGGUAGUAGCAGUGCCAAAAUCCGAAUCAUCAUCACCGUCGCGAAUUCAAACGGAAGCGGGCAAAGAAUCAACAGAGACCACCAACUCCAAACUACCGCUGCUUUCACAAGAAGAUCUGGAUGAUUUGAUGCGAAAUGUCAAUGCAAUAAACACAGUCAAUCGAACAUUACGUCAGUCAUUCAACCAACAACAACCAAACCACCAUCAGACACCCUUGUAUAAUCUUCAACAACGUUCAAAUUUUCAUAUGAAUUUUUCAAGCAUGAACGGCAGCAGUGAUAGUCCUAUGAAAAAGGUGCCCCGUGAUCGCCUUGGCCUAUGGGGCACAGGAGGUGAAGUCGACGUACCCGGUAAUAUUUCCGGUUUGCAGCGCUUGCAACAGAAGAAAUACAACAAGGGUCUUGCAUUUAACCUUGAAGAGCGUCAACUGCUAGGUAUUCAAGGCCUUUUGCCGGCUAGAAUAAAAACCGAAGAAGAACAAGUGGAGCAUAGUCUUUUGCUGCUUGAUCGAUUGGAGAACGAUUUGGAUAAAUACAUGUACUUAAACAACUUAGCUGAGCGCAAUGAACGCUUAUUCUACAAAGUUCUUUCAUCCGAUGUAGCCAAGAUGAUGCCCUUGGUGUACACGCCCACUGUGGGUUUGGCUUGUCAAAAGUUCAGUUUAAUUUUCCAAUAUCCCAAGGGCAUGUAUAUUACCAUCAAUGAUAAAGGACAUGUCUAUGAAGUUUUAAGGAACUGGCCCGAGACUGAUGUUCGCGCUAUUGUGGUAACUGAUGGCGAGCGUAUUUUAGGUUUGGGUGACUUGGGUGCCAAUGGCAUGGGUAUUCCCGUUGGAAAACUGUCAUUAUAUACCGCUUUGGCUGGCAUCAAACCGAACCAGUGCUUACCCAUCACCUUAGAUGUUGGCACCAAUACCGAAAGUAUUCUCGCAGAUCCCUUGUACAUUGGGCUGCGUCAGAAACGUGUCACUGGCCGGGACUAUGAUGAGUUCAUUGACGAGUUCAUGCAUGCUGUAGUGCGUCGCUUUGGACAAAAUUGUCUCAUACAGUUCGAGGACUUCGCCAAUGCAAACGCUUUCCGUCUCUUGGAGAAAUAUCGCAACGACUUUUGUACCUUCAACGAUGAUAUACAGGGUACAGCUUCUGUGGCCGUUGGAGGUCUGCUGGCAUCACUGAAAAUCAAGAACACUCAGCUAAGGGAGAACAAAAUUCUAUUCUUUGGAGCUGGCGAGGCAGCUUUGGGUAUUGCAAAUCUGUGUCUCAUGGCUCUAAUGAAAGAAGGUUUGAGUGAGGCCGAAGCCAAAGAACGCAUUUGGAUGGUCGACAGCAAGGGAUUGAUAGUGAAGAAUCGCCCUGCUGGUGGCCUGACCGAACAUAAACUACAUUUCGCCCAAGAUCAUGCUCCCAUUAAUACAUUACCCGAAGCCGUAGAGGCCCUUCAGCCAUCGGUACUCAUUGGCGCAGCUGCUAUAGGUGGGGCUUUCACCAAGGAAAUUUUACAAAGAAUGGCAGAAUUCAAUGAAAUGCCUAUAAUUUUUGCUUUGUCCAAUCCCACCAGCAAAGCCGAAUGUACCGCUGAAGAGGCCUACAAAUACACAAACGGAAAAUGCAUCUUUGCUUCGGGAUCACCCUUUGACCCAGUCGAGUACAAUGGCAAAACGUUCUAUCCCGGCCAGGGAAAUAAUUCGUACAUCUUUCCCGGCGUUGCUUUGGGUGUUCUCUGUGCUGGUAUGCUAACCAUACCGGAAGAAGUGUUCCUGAUGUCGGCUGAACGCCUAGCAGAUCUCUGUGAGCCUGAGGAUUUGGAACGGGGAAGUUUGUACCCACCCCUAAAGCGGAUUACAGAAUGUUCGGUUGAAAUUGCCGCCUAUAUUAUGGAAUAUGCCUAUAAGAAUGGCUUGGCUACUGUUCGUCCUGAACCUGAAGAUAAACGGGAGUUUAUCAAAUCGCAAAUGUACAAUUUGCAAUAUUCAUCGUCCUUACCUGAGGUCUACUGCUGGGACCAUAAACUAUAAAUCAAAUCAAAGUUAUCGCUAUGCAAGGAUCAGAAUGUACAAACAAAAAAAUGCUUAAUCACUCUCUGAAUGUUGAUUUGUUUAUUUAAAGGAAAAAACUACAACAAAAACCUUAUCACAGAUAUUAUACCGAAAAUCAAGAUGAAAGCUACCAAACCAUCAUCAUUGACCAACGAAUGGCGUCAGACUACGCUGCUCGCUCAUCAUUUUUUGGCAUCAUUUGUACUGUUGUUAGUAUUGUUUUAUCAUUCCAUUUAGUUUUUGUUUGUAUAGUUUCUGGCAAAUUGUUUUUUUUAUAUAUUGUAUGUAGGGUAUUGUUAUUGUUAUUAUCACUAAUGCAACAUUUACAUAUAUGUGUAUGUAGAAAAAGAGAGACAUUUGUGGCACAUAUGCUGUGAAUGGCAAGUGCUAUUUUUUUUUUAUUUUAUUUUCUUUUUUUUUUCUUUAAUUUAGUUAUCUAUUUUAACCCAUUUGCACACAUGUAUGUAUGUAUGUAUUUUUAUUAACAAACGAGGGAUAUUUGUCGAUAUUAUGAAUUUUAUUCAAUUGAAAUAUAAUAAUAAAAACAAAAUA